AUGAUAACAAACCUAUUCUCAGUUUUUGACCCUACUUCUAGUUUACUGUCUCUUCCUCUUAACUGACUUUCUACUUUCUUAGGAAUUAUAUUUUUACCUACUUUAUAUUGAAUCAUACCUUCUCGAUGAUCCCUUUUAUGAUCAUUGGUUACCAAAACAUUGCAUAAUGAAUUCAAAAUACUCCUAGGUGCCUCUCAUACAGGAACUACUCUUACAUUCGUAAGUCUAUUUAGUUUAAUUGUAUUUAACAACUUUUUAGGUCUACUUCCUUAUGUUUUUACCAGAACAAGCCAUUUGACUAUAACUCUCGCCCUUGCAUUACCUUUAUGGCUAGCUUUCAUAAUAUUUGGGUGAAUUAAUCAUACCCAGCAUAUAUUUGCUCACUUAGUUCCCCAAGGAACCCCAGGAGCUCUUAUACCAUUUAUAGUGUUAAUUGAAACUAUCAGAAAUAUUAUCCGACCAGGAACUCUAGCAGUACGUCUUGCAGCUAACAUAAUUGCAGGACAUCUUUUACUUACACUUCUUGGUAGCACUGGUCCCUCUCUUUCAACUACCCUUGUUUCUAUACUCAUUAUUGGACAAAUUUUAUUAUUGAUUUUAGAAGCUGCUGUAGCAGUAAUUCAAUCUUAUGUAUUCGCUGUAUUAAGAACCCUUUAUGCUAGUGAAGUAACAUAA